AUGGUGGAUCACUUGCUGCCUACUGAUGAAUCCUUUUCAUCUACAAGAUCUUCUCUUGGAUACUUUGGGGACAUGACAGCAGGGGUGAGGUCCUACCAAAUGCUGCCCUCUCCCCUGUCGGAAGAUGACAGCGACUCGUCCAGCUUUUGUUCUUGUUCCAGCCCUGACUCCCAGGUUCUCAGCUCCAGCUAUGGAAGCACGUCCAGUGCGGAAAGUCAGGACAGUAUCUUAGACUACUUACUGUCCCAGGCAUCUUUGGGGAACACCGCUGCGUCAUGGUGGGACAAAAGGAGACUUCAGCCAAUAGUGAAAGAGGAGUACUUUAGGUUGCCUGAAUUUGCCGUGGAUAUGGAAGACUCAGGACCAUUUCAGCCCACGCUUGAGGAAAUUGAGGAAUUUCUGGAGGAGAACAUGGAGUUGGAGCUCAAAGAAAGACCUAAAAGCGAGACCAAGGACUUGAGAGCUUGCAGCCAAGUUUCUGUUGCUUCGCUACAGCAAAAAGACCAUAUGUUACCCAGCGCUAGUUUAAAAGAGAGUAAAAAUGAACAGUUGAGCAGCUCGGCGGAAGGUGGCCAAGCUUCAAAUGGAGGAAUGUCCCUGGAGAAUGGGAUACCGGUUAUGCUCCAAAUUCAGCCUGUACAGAUCAAACAGGAGUCCAACACAAGCCCCAGUUCCCAAGGACCAGCACAAGAGAACAUUAAAAUUGCACAGCUCCUAGUCAACAUCCAAGGACAGACAUUUGCCCUUGUGCCUCAGAUAGUUCAGUCGUCCAAUUUGAACUUGUCCUCUAAAUUUGUCCGCAUUGCUCCUGUCCCCAUCGCCGCCAAGCCAAUUGGGCCAGGAGGCAUGAUCCAGGGUCAGACAGGAAUCAUCAUGGGUCAGAAAUUUCAAAAGAACCCUGCAGCAGAACUCAUUAAAAUGCACAAAUGUUCUUUUCCUGGUUGUACCAAGAUGUACACGAAAAGCAGCCAUUUGAAAGCCCACCUGAGGAGGCAUACGGGAGAAAAGCCUUUUGCAUGCACGUGGCCGGGUUGUGGAUGGAGGUUCUCCAGGUCAGAUGAGCUGUCCCGGCACAGGCGCUCCCACUCGGGGGUGAAACCCUAUCAGUGUCCUGUCUGUGAGAAGAAGUUUGCUCGAAGUGACCACUUGUCCAAACAUGUCAAGGUGCAUCGGUUCCCACGAAGCAACCGCUCCGUCCGCUCCGUGAACUGA